AUGCUACCGUUACGAUCUCCACUGUUUCUUUACGUCAUUCUGUUGUUCCUGACGCGAUUACGCCAGCCAAGCGAUUCCUCCGCAGCUCACGCGAAACCGCAACACAAGUUUACGCCUCCUCCUCACUCGGAGGAUGAUGACUGCACGAAGGAAGACGGAACCAGGUGUCUGAACGGUGUCUGCUUGAAUUCCGUUUGUCAUUGCAACGAUGGUUUUGGUGGUUGUAAUUGUCAGGUACCAGACGAGAACGAGUGCAAGUACCGACCCUGUGAUAUAUUCGCGCAUUGCACGAAUACUCUUGGUAGUUUUCAAUGUUCCUGUUUCCCUGGCUAUCAAGGCGACGGUUUCUACUGCGAAGACAUCAACGAGUGCGACAACCCGGCUUUCGCCUCGAGAUGCGUGGAGAACGCAGAAUGCUGUAAUCUUCCCUCGAAUUUCCUAUGCAAGUGUAAAUCCGGUUAUAUCGGCGACGGGGAGGUGCACUGCGAGGAUGUAAACGAGUGUGCGAUACCUGGUGCAUGCGGUGACAACACCGUUUGUCAUAACAUCCCUGGAAAUUACACCUGUGCUUGUCAAGAUGGCUUCACGGGAGACCCGUACGAAAGUUGUAUCGAUAUCAACGAAUGCGAAUACGAGGGUGCUUGCGGAAGGGGUGCUUUGUGCGUGAAUUUACCUGGUGCUCACAACUGA